GGCGGCCGCCCUGCGGCUCCUGCGGCGCCGGCUGCCCAUCGCCGCCUGGCUGCCCGGCUACCGGCCGGGGUCCUGGCUGCUGGGGGACGCGCUGGCCGGGCUCACCGUGGGGAUCGUGCACAUCCCCCAGGGCAUGGCCUUCGCCCUCCUGGCCUCCGUGGCCCCCGUCUACGGGCUCUACACCUCCUUCUUCCCUGUCAUCCUUUACAUGCUCUUUGGCACCGGGCGCCACGUCUCUACUGGCACCUUUGCCGUGGUGAGCCUGAUGACGGGCUCCGUGGUGGAGCAGCUGGUGCCCUGGCCCCUGGAGCCCAACGCGACCAGCGCGGUGCUGGCCCGGGUGGAGGAGCGGCGCAUUGGCGUGGCAGCCGCCAUGGCCUUCCUCGUGGGGCUCCUCAUGCUGGUGAUGUUCGUGGUGCAGUUGGGCUUCCUGGCCACCUACCUCUCAGAGCCCAUUGUCAAGGCCUUCACCAACGGGGCCGCCCUGCGUGUCCUGGUCUCCCAGCUGCCCAGCCUGUUGGGCCUGGCCCUGCCCCGCCCCACCGGCUCCUUCACCAUCUUCAAGACGCUGGCAUCGGUGGCGCGGGCGCUGCCCCGGACCAACGUGGCCGAGCUGCUCAUCUCUGUCCUGUGCCUGGCCCUGCUGGUGCCCAUCAAGGAAAUCAACAGCCGCUUCCGGAGCAAGCUGCGGACGCCCAUUCCAGGGGAGAUCGUGGUGGUGCUGGCGGCCACCGGCGUCUGCUUUGCCUCCUCCCUGGACACGCGCUACGACGUGCAGAUAGUCGGCCACCUGCCAGCUGGGUUCCCGCAGCCCCAGCUCCCGGCCCUGCAGUCGCUGCCCCAGGUGCUGGGGGACACGGUGGCCAUUGCUUUCGUGGCCUAUGCUGUCUCUGUGUCGCUGGCCAUGAUCUACGCCGAGAAGCACGGCUAUACCAUCAACCCCAACCAGGAGCUGCUGGCCCACGGUGUUUCCAACCUGGUCUCCUCCCUCUUCACCUGCUUCCCGAGCUCGGCCACCCUGGCGACCACCAACAUCCUGGAGAGCGCGGGGGGGCACACGCAGCUCGCUGGCUUCUUCUCCAGCGCGGUGGUCCUCAUGGUCCUCAUGUGGCUCGGACCCCUCUUCCGCUACCUGCCCAAGGCUGUCCUGGCCUGUAUCAAUGUCACCAGCCUGCGCCAGAUGGUCCUGCAGUUCUGGGACCUGCCCGAGCUCUGGAGAAUCAGCCGGAUUGACUUCGCUGUCUGGGUGGUCACCUGGCUGGCCGUGGUGGUGCUGAAUGUGGACGUGGGCCUGGCCGUUGGGGUCGUGUUCUCCAUGAUGACAGUCAUCUGCCGCACGCAGAGGGCCGAGUGCAUGGCGCUGGGCAAAGCGGCCGACACGGAAAUCUACCGGCCUGUCCAACGCCACAGCAAGUGCUUUGAGAUCCCUGGCGUGAAGAUCAUGGCUUACCACGCCCCCAUCUACUACGGCAACCGUGACUUCUUCCGCGAGGCGCUGAGCCGGCAGCUGGGCCUGAGCCAGCCGAGGGGCGGCCGGGGGGAGAAGGCUCUGCGGGCCUUGGAGCGUGGGGCCCAAAUCAGCACCGUGGAAAACUGUGUCCCCAGCUCUGUGCCCGAUGGGGGAGCCGGAUGCCCCAGCUCAGGCACUGCUGGCAGGACCCAGGCCGCCAUCCUCGACUGCAGCGGGAUUGUUUUCGUGGACUCCGCCGGGGCCCGGCUGCUCAUUCAGAUGUGCGUGGCGUGCCAGAAGGCCGGCAUCCACAUGAACCUGGCAGCAUGUAACGGCGAGGUCCUGGAGACGCUGACUAGCAGCGGCCUGGGGCAGCACCUCUCCCCACAGCAGGUGUUUGUGACGGUCCAGGACGCCCUCGCAUCCAUCACGCAGACCACGGAAAAGGUGGCCGAGAAGAAUCCGGCGAUCUGGGUGUAGGGGACCCUGCCCAUGGACCGCGGGCACUGCCCGGACUGUAGGGCCCCUGGGACCAGACUGGCACUUGGGCCGUAAAAGCAGGUUGAUCUCCAGGUGCUGUGAAUUCCUGCUCUGCCCACGGGGCCUCCCCGGGACCAGGGGCCAAGGAGUCGUUCGCAGACUACAGAGCCGGGGUGGGGCAGUUGCCUGCUUCCAGGAUGGAUGGAGCCUCCUGCAGCGAGCGGCUCUCCUGGCCGGCGCCCAGGCAGGGGGGCAGGAGUGGCGCAGGGCAGAGGAGGCAGUCCAGGUGCCAGUGGAGGCAGUGGCCUGUCUGCCCCUACAGGCCCCCAAAGGAUGUGGGGUUCCUUCCUUUGCCAAGACAGUUAUGGGCGCUGGGCCCUCUAUAGCUGGUAAGAGCACACCUGGGGCCACUGGCAGUCUGGUUGGGGGGGCUCUGUGCCUCAUCCCUCCCCCUCCCAAGGGGGGGGGCCUCUCCAGCGCCAGGGGAAAGAAAGAU